AUGGAAGUAAAAUUUAAGGUUAAUAACAAAUUGAUAACGUUAGAACUGCAAGCAAACAAUGAUAUUUACAGUAAACAAUACAUAGAACUUCUGGUAAAAAAUGGAUUGCUUAAAUUUGAUAAGGAAAAUCAAGAAAUUGUGGAAAUAUUUCGGAUAAUCGAAAAUAAAGAAAAUUUGAUAUUCCAUACGAACUUUGUUAAUUUGGACCACAAUGAUCGAGGGCAGCUAUUAACAGUGCAUAACGAAGAAAACGAAGGUACACAUUCAAAAUUCGAAUCGGAGGAGUACGUGACAAAAAUUGACAGAAGUUGCGAUUUCUGGAGCGAUUCAGCAACAUCGUUCAUGUUGGACAAAUUAGAAUUAUACUUGGCCAAUAUUGGUCCCAUGAAAAAAUUUAAAACAAAAAACAAAAGUGGCUACAAAUAUCAAAAGAUAUGGCAGAAAUGUUGAAUGUUUCGAAAACUCUGACACAAAUUAAGAACCGAUACAAAACUGUUCUUAUAAGAGGAAAAAAAGGCAGUGGAGAAUAACAGUAAAUCUGGCAGUUCCAGAGAGGAAGUGCCAUUUGAAGAACAAUUAAGCAAAAUUGCUCAUUCGGACGAUAGCAUUCAACCUGAGGUUCUGCGAAGUGCCAAAACUGUCAAAUAUCCUAAAUUAGAUGAUGCACCAAUGUAAAAAAAAAUCUGCAAAAGCCCAACAACAGAUGAUACUGAAAGUUCGGUGGAGAUAAAAAAGGCUAGAAAGACUAACCAGGAGAAAAGAUGGGAUUAUUAUGAAAAAAAGGAAACCGCAAA